AUGCCAACUAUAUCCUCCGCUCAUCUUGACCAAGACUCUCCUCCUUCCUCACACCUUCUUUACUCUCAAUCUCCCCCAUCUGUUGAUCCUAUCCCGGUCUCUACCUCCCCGGUUGAAACUCGCCCUCGUACUGCUUCCGCUCCCUCCCUACAGCACAACUCCGCACCCUCCGCUGUUGUCGCCCCCUCCCAACCCGCCACCACCACCACCACCACCACCACCAACAACACCCCAACCGGAUUCACAGGCUCAGUAAUUGGAUCCAUUUCACGUCGCAAUCGCCGUUCAUUCGCUGCGUUAGCUCGUGAAAAGACUUCCAACGCCCUUGCGAACCUUUCCUCCAUAGGAGCGCCGAAUUACCCCCUCCGCUCCUCUGCCUCAUCGGGAAGCCUGUCGAAACAUUCGCGCAAGGCCUCGCAGGUCAGCGUCAGCGAAGCGCCAGGUGCCACGCCGUUAACUCCGCCAUUGUCGGACGGUAGCGCCAGUAGUGAAUGGUCCAGUCCCGCGCCCUUCGACGCCGCUACUAGCCGUUCUUCCCCGGCCGUGGUUGAACAACAGACCAGUUCUGUUGAGAGGCGCCGUUACACCCUCCAGCGUGCCCCGUCCCCACUUGAGCAACUACCCGAAGUCGGACCUACCGUAUCUCCCGCCAAGAUGCAUCAAACAUCCUCGCGGUUAUUGCGUAUGACGGAGGAUGACCGUCCAUUCACAAAGGAUUUCAUGGACUUAUUCUCGACAUUGAUGGUCAGCUUGAAACUGGAUUCGCAUCGUGUGCGGUUUACGAAAUAUGACCACUCCUUUACCUCGGAAGAAGCCAUCAACAAUCUCGGCUCUCUCAAGUUCUCCCAGUCGAACCGUAUGCCCGACCCUAAAGAUCCUUCGCGUAUCGUUACAACCACAACGACUACCACCUUUUCCAUGGCCAAGGAAAUGGCUCGUUCAGUAUGCCAGCGUUUUGUCGAUGCCCGCUUCAUCGAGGCCGUGGAUGGCAAAUCGGCACAAAUAUUUCCGUUGAAGGGCGCCUUGUACCAGCUUACGCCGAAGGGAAUUAAUAUCUUGCAAAGAUUCUGCCAGAGGAACGGUAUCACUGCCCGCCAUGUGAUUGACGUGCUGGAGUCGCCCCGCAACACGAUGCAAUUGGUCAACCUGGAGCGCGAUACCGAUACAGACAAGCUGUCACACGAUCGAGCGACUAUUGAGGUCAUCUUUCGCCGGUUUGCGGGGCAGGAUGGUCCCAACGUGAAGAGCAGCAUCUCUACUUCAGAUUCGGAUUCCCUGAGUGAUUACUCUAACGGCUUGGUUGGUGUGAAGAUGGCGAAGGAGCGCAAGAUCAACGACAAGAUCGUCAUCAACACGUUCACCGGAAAAGCCGCGGUCGAUUGGUUGAUGGAUUGUUCCACCACAAUUGAGCGCCGUGAGACCGUUCUCAUUGCCGAGCUUUUCGUCAAGUACGGCUUGAUUACGAUGCUGCAGGAAGACCGCUUCAUCAACCAACCAGAUGACUCGAUAGUUGCGUUCCAGCCUUCGAAGAAUGCGAUCUACGGCAUCACGGACCGGGGCCAGCGAGUUUGCGGGUGGAUCGCACGGGACAAGUCUCGUGAAACCACCAUGUACGACAAUCGUGGCAUCCCGAAGGACUCCAACAAUGCCCGUUUGAACCACAUUCUUCACGACCCUGCCCUACGACUCCUGUUCCGCGAGUUCCUUCGCUUUUCCCUCUGUGAGGAGAACCUGUCGUUCUACCUCGACGUGUCUGAAUUCACUUCAGCCUACCACAAGGCAGAGAAGUUGGGCACAUUCAGGAAGCCGGAUGCUGUCCGUGAGACACUGGCUGCAGCAUAUGGUCUCUACAAUGCGUUCCUGGCACCGGGAUCCCCUUGCGAACUCAACAUCGAUCACGCGCUGCGCAACAGUCUGGCAAGCCGCAUGACCAAGGCCGUGGGCGACGAUGAGUCGAUGCUUAAGAGUCUGCAGGAGGUGGUGCAUCUGUUUGAGAUGGCUCAGACCUCGGUCUUUAAGCUGAUGUCAAGUGACUCCGUUCCCAAGUUUCUGCGUGAUCCGAAGUGUGCCAGCAUCCUUCAGGAACAUGACGUUGACCUGAUUGGUGCCCCCCGGGCUUACUCUCCCACGCCUGCUCCAGUUCCGGAGCGCUCGGCGAGCCGCUCAGCACGGUCAUGAUAGGGGCAGCAUGUGUGUCAUGCAGGGAUCCCAAUCCUGUCCGAACAGGCCUUCACCUUGGUGAUUACUAAAAGAUCUGACGGCACGUGGCUUGCACUCGGACUUCGCCGAUCCAAGAUGAAACACACUCUUACUGCACAGCGCGGUGUUAAUUGACGGAACGACUUGAACAUGAUUUUACUUUUUGGCUUGAUCUGAGUUGCCAGUCCAAUGUCGACUAGGCACCGGUCUAGCCAACACAUCCUUCCCACCAAAAGCUUGGGAGCACUCCCAAACCUCCUGACACGACAUGAUACACGUUAUGCGUCUCCGAUACGAACGCUCUCCCGUUUCUAUAAUCUCUUUCUCUUCAAUUGCCGCUUGGUCCCCGCCCACGCCGCUUGCCAUUGACGACAGGGCAUUUCAUGGGGUUACCAAGUCCGCACGACCAAUGACAGAC